AUGCAUAUAACAUAUGAUUUUGAUUACAAAACUCGACAUGUUGUUGAUAAAAGCGUAGAAAAACAGAUUAGUGAUAAAAAAUCAUUUCAAGAGGCAAGGCAAAGUGCCCUAGAAAGUUGUGAAAAAUUACGCAGGCAACUAGAAAGUGAACAAAAGAAGAUAGCUGAAAUUAAUAUUUGCUUUGCGAAAUUUUUAAGACAAAGUGCGAUAGCCACAUUUAAUGAUUCAUAUGCUGAUUACUUAGAUCAUUUCAUACGUGAAGAAAAAAUCAAGAAAGCUGCAGAUCCUCUUAAUUAUAAUGAUGCAAUUUUUGAAGGACUUGAAAAGACGAAAAGAGAAUAUCUGGAAAAGAUAAAAAUUAUAAAAGAAGCAAUCGCAACUAAUGACCCUUCUGAAUAUGUAAUUACUCCAGAAGAUAUAAAGAAAUAUGAAAACGACUUGUAUAAUUUGAAAAUCAAUGGUGUAUCCUUGAAAAAAAUGAAAUAUGUAGCAGAACGUAGUCAAGCCCGUGCAUUUAGACAAUAUCAAUCUAAGACUUAUGGUCAUAGAAAUGCACACAAAUCAGUAUCUAAACUUUUUACCCGAAUAUUUAACGCACUUAAAUUGAAAGAUGAUAACUAUGCCAAAUCGGUUUAUAAUAAUAAUUAUGACGUUGUGAAGUAUUCACAAAAUGAUGACAAUUACGUUGAUAGUAGUGAUAUUUAUUAUGAUUGUGAUGACAACUCGAAUUAUUCUGAUAAUUAUGCUCUUGUUAAGCUUUCACAAGAUGAUUACGAUAAUUACAGAAAUCGCUAUUUUAAUCAUUAUACUAAUUCGAAUUAUACUGAUAAUUAUACAAUUGUGAAGGUUUUUAAUGAUUAA